AUGUCUACAGACACUCGAAGCAACCCCGAUCGGGCAGCUUCCUCAAAGAGGAAGACCCGGGAUGGGUCGGAAGAUGUUCCCCCGGCCAGCAAAAAGGUGCAGCGCAAGGCAGACAAAGCAGAUGACCAAGUCCAAUUUGUGGACUUCGACAGCAAAAGCAGCAAAGGCAAUGCAUCAAAGCCCAAAGUGACCCGGAAAUUCAAGGACAAAUUUGCCCCCAAACCGGAAAAGGAAUACCCAUCGAUCAACGAUCUCAAGAAGCGAAUUCGCGAUGUGAAACGACUACUCAACAAAGUGGACCUGUCUGCCGAUGCUCGCAUCUUGCAGGAACGUGCUCUUGCUGGAUAUGAACAAGAUCUUGCGGAUGAAACUACACGCAGAGAACGAUCAUCACUGAUCAAAAAAUAUCACUUUGUCCGAUUCCUUGACCGCAAAACUGCCACCAAGGAACUCAACCGACUUACGCGCCGUGAGAAGGAAGAAGGUCUGGAUUCGAAGCAGAAGGCUCGUCUUGCGGCAAAAAUCCACAACUGCCAAGUGAACCUCAACUACGCGAUCUACUAUCCCCUCACGGAGAAAUACAUUUCAAUCUACCCCAAUGGAAAGGCUGAUACAACGGAUCCGACGUCAGAAUUGCAAUCGGAGGAAACCAAAUCCAAGAAUGGCAAGCCCCCGUUGUGGCCUGUCGUUGAGAAGUGCAUGGAAGAGAAGACACUGGACCUUCUUCGUAAUGGAAAGUUGCACAUCAACGCCAAAGGAGAGAAGAUCCAAACUGUGUCGUCUGGCACAGCUACUGCUAAAGAUACCCAGAAGGAGAAGAGCAAGAAGAAAGAGCACCAGAAAGAGAUCAAGGCUGCUACCCAAAAGGACAAGCAUCUUUCCAGAGAUGACAAGAAUAACAGCAAGAAGGAGAAGCCUGCACGCAGUGAGCGGUCCUCCAAGAAAGAUGAGGCACCACAACAAGUCAAUCAGGAGGAUCAAGAUGAUAGCGAUGGUGGUUUCUUUGAGUAA